UUACUUAUGGGUAAGGUUAAGGCUGGGUAGGGGUUAAGGUCGUUAUGUUGGUACUAGAGUUUUCCCCAUAGAAAUGAAUGGAGAGUCCCCACAAAGAUAUAAUUACAGUCUCUAAGCGUGUUGGGGGGAUGUUGGACGACUCAGUAUUAUCGUUUAUCAUGAUAUCACCCAGCCCUAGUGUGCACGGCCGCCCGACUGGCACGGAAACGUCACAGGCCCACUGGGAAGUCCCCCGCGCUCGUGAUCGUCACUUUGCCCAGCCGGUUCGAGGUACUUUAUGUACCCCGAAGUGUCUCGUAAGGACUCUGACAGAUCGAGGCGGAGGCCCCCCCCGCCCCCACCCCUGGACGGCGAGAGUAGCCAGCUGCAAGUAGUCGCCCUCUAUGACUUCACAGCCACUGAGGACUCUGACCUGACGCUGCGGCAAGGGGAGGAGUACAAGAUCCUCCAUAAGCAGGACCAGCUCUGGUGGAAAGCGGAGGAUAAGCAGGGGAAUAAAGGUUUCAUUCCAAGCAAUUACGUUGCAGAGAAGGACAGGAUAGAGGCACAUGAGUGGUACUGCAGGAACCUAAGCAGAGCCCAAGCUGAACAGCUCCUGCAUCAGGAGGCGAAGGAUGGUGGGUUUAUAGUGAGGGACUCGAGCCAAAAAGGAUGUUAUACUGUGUCAGUAUUUACCAAAGCUUUAAGUUCGACAGAUGGCUGUAUUCGGCACUACCAAAUCAAACAGAACAGCUCAGGGCAGUUCUUCUUGGCUGAAAAGCACGUCUUCAACUCCAUACCUGAAGUCAUUAACUACCAUAAAUACAAUGCGGCAGGUCUUGUCACUAGAUUGCGUUUUGCAGUGGGCCCCAUGGGUCGGUGUGUGCCAACAACAGCGGGGUUCAGCUACGAAAAAUGGGAGAUCAACCCGUCAGAACUGUCCAUCCUGAAGGAGCUGGGAAGAGGCCAGUUUGGCGUGGUGCAUCUUGGGAAGUGGCGCGCUCUCUGCAUGGUGGCCAUCAAGACUAUCAGUGAGGGGGCCAUGUCGGAGGAUGACUUCAUCGAGGAGGCCAAAGUCAUGACGAGCCUCUGCCACCCCAAGCUGGUGCAGCUCUAUGGCGUCUGCAUGAAGCAGCGGCCCAUCUGCAUUGUCACCGAGUACCUGGAAAAUGGCUGCCUGCUCAACUUCCUGCAGCUGCAUAUCAACAGCAGCAGCAGCGAGUGUCUGCUGGCCAUGUGCCAGGACGCCUGCGAGGGAAUGGAGUACCUGGAGAGGAACAGCUUCAUCCACCGUGACCUGGCUGCCAGGAAUUGUUUAGUCACUGAGAAGAAUGUGGUGAAAGUGUGUGAUUUUGGCAUGACAAGAUACGUGCUGGACAACCAGUACACCAGCUCCAUGGGCUCGAAGUUUCCCGUGAAAUGGUCUCCCCCCGAAGUGCUGCACUUCAACAAAUACAGCAGCAAAUCAGAUGUCUGGUCCUUUGGUGUGUUGAUGUGGGAGGUCUUCACUGAGGGAAGGACUCCUUUUGAAAACAAGCCCAACCAUGAGGUUGUGGAGGAGAUCACCCAGGGACAGAGACUCUAUCGGCCUCACAAAGCCUCCUCUGAGGUGUACAGGCUGAUGUACAGCUGCUGGCAUGAGAAUCCUCAAGGAAGACCGUGUUUCUCUGAGCUCCUGGAUGACAUUAAACACAUUGCAGAGUCUGAAUGAAAAAGUCUGGUGGUUAAAUAUGUCUUCAGAUCAUCAGUGCCAGUGAUGUCCAUCUUCUUUCUGGAUGGCACCACACCCUUUUUGCCUCAGCAAAAACAAACGUGUGAACAUCAAAACUUCCAAUUGUAUCAAAGACCUUACACUAUUUAAAAGAUUAACUGUAAUUAUCUGGUUUCAUACUGACCACUAAAAAUAUUUUUGCUUUGCCCGUCUACAGUAGAUUCUAUUCAAAAAGUGUCUAUAAUUCUUUGUUUUUUUAUUGUACAUUGUCAGAUUUAUUGUAUAUGUCAUAGGUAUUGAAGGACAUCAAAACAUUUUAAUUAUUGUAUAGUUACACUAUUGCUUAAAAUAUGUAAUUAAAUGUAAAGUAUGAAUUUCAUUU